AUGCGAGUCGUUCGCUGGUUAUAUUUGAGCAGGAAGACUUCCACGCAACCAGUCAUCUACGAGUGGAUAACAGAAUCCUAUCCUAUUAGUCUAACGUACCAAGAUGUUGAGGCUUACAAGUCAAGUGAUAUUAUACCUCAGUCGUACGAGUUCUUCCGGUUUUGGUAUGAUAGGGGUGUUGCACGCGCAGGACUCAACAUCUUUUCUGUUCGUGAUGGAGCCCUCACUCGCCGUAGGCGAAAAAUUUAUUUACAUGAGAAACUGGUGGAGAGUCGUAUAAAGGGAGUCGUACGUAGGGGCGAGGUGCCAUUCGACGAGGUGCUGCCGGACGAGGAAAAGUUGCUGGAACGAGCUCGUUAUAUGAUUGAGGUGGGGGGAUACGAAUAUUCAAAGGGCCGCAUUGCACCAAACUACAAAACGUACCAGUCGCCACGAUGGUGGUCAAACGCAAUUGUGGUGCAAGACCCGUUCGUGAUGACACAUACCCACACGGAGUUCGUCACUAGAGAGAUACUCGAGUUCUUCGAUACCCACGCUAAGCGUACAACUCAAACCUUCGAGCGAAGAGGACGUUUGACCUCCAUUUUUGGACCCCAUGUAUCAAUAUCUGAAGCUGCGUGGGCCCAACGUCAGGUUCGCAAAGGAGAGCGUUUGGCUGCGGCGGGACGGUCACUCCACACAUCUGCCCGCUCGAGGCGUAGUCUCGAUCCCCCAGAAUUUGCGCCGCCUCCAGUACCCCAAGAAGUUUUGCAGAAGCGUGCUGCUACGAUCGAGCGAAUCAAACACCUUAUCCAGAACAAAUACGGCGCUCAGUAUAAGAUUGAAAUGUUCGGGAGCACUUGCUACGGUAGCGAUUCCCCUCACAGCGAUCUCGAUUUGGUGAUUGUGGAUCCACACAGGCCUCAUGGAAUCAGGCCAGAUGAUCGAUCUCUUCCUCCUGUAUAUGAUAUUCACCGUUUAAGCUAUCGCAUCAGGACACAGUUCGCCAAAGUGGAGCCUGUGGCAAAAGCCGUUGUACCUAUAGUGAAGUUCAAGGAUCUACGAACUGGCUUAUCUUGCGAUCUUAAUGUCAACGAUCGGCUUGGAAUAGUAAAUACUGCAUUGAUCAAGCGGUAUUGCGAGCUAGCUCCUGUGCUGCCGACAAUGUUAUUCGCUCUCAAGUCAUGGGCGAGACCUCUAGGGUUAAAUGACCCGUCCGGAUCUCAGCUGCGGCGAGGGGUGACGUUUAGUAGUUAUGCUCUUGCUCUAAUGACAAUCGGUCGAUUGCAAAUGUUGGGAUUGCUCCCCAAUUUACAAUAUCGAUCAGGGCGUCAAGCUUCUAACCCCAAGAACAACGGUGUCUACUGGUUUCGCCGUAAGGACAGAGCCGCCAAAGCGUUUGAGUAUAUUCUUUGCAAUACCGCCUAUGCAACUGGGGAUGAUUGGAUCCCUACGGUUGUAGACGUUCGGGAAGCUCUCAUAGAUUGGUUCCGCUAUUGGGCCGAUCAGCAUCUUUAUUCGGAGAAUGCCAUGAGCGUAUUGCAUGGAGGUGCACUUCCAAGGCGGAAAGUCAUGCUAGAUGAUUACUUACCAGUUGGUAUUUCUGAAAUUCCAAUGGGCAAUGAUCCGCUCGACUCGUCCAAAAAAUCUCGUCAGGCUACUCAAUGGAGCGACACCUCUCUUUGUAUCGGGGAUCCGUUCAUUUCUCGCAAGAAUCUGACCGCCAAUAUAAGCGGUCUUGUUCUCGAAAACUUCAGAACUCAGUGUCGAAUGGCCUGUAGUCUACUUCAAGAUGGUUCCAGCUUGGAGAUGCUCUUCCGACGCCUCAAGAGACAAACGCAAAGCCCUUGA